AUGUUGGGAAGUGGAAACUGGUGGGACAAUAGCAGAAAUCGAUCGUUUGACAGCGGUACAACACCCGCUUCGAUUUCGACGACCUUGAACACCUUAGCCAGCUUCGGAUCAUGGCCGCCGGAGGCGGCGCCGCCGCCGCCGCCGCCCGACGUCAACAAAUCGAUCGGCGACCAAUCCACCUCCGAUCGGAACUUGCAAAUGAUGGGUUUGGGCUGGAAUCAAACUCUAUUUAGAGGUGAAAAAGUGGAGACAAGUUUCCGGUCGUUGCUUCAAGACGAGUUUCACGAGCCGAAGCUAUAUUCCGGUCCAUCAUCAGAUGACUCGUCUGUGAACCGGUCGGGUUUUUCCCUGGACCAAACGGCGGCGUUUAGCUCUCAGGCAAGCUCCAACGACAGCACCAUAACAUCCGGCGCUGGUUUCCAGGUGGAUUUUCACGGCAUGAUGCUCUCGGAAAAUCAGCAGUCGCCGUAUAAUCAAAAUCGGCCGUCAGCGAAUUAUCAGUAUGGCUCCGAAUACAUGAAUAAAUACCCGCAGUUCAUGAGAACGCCGCCGCCUGUGGCUGACGGCAGCAGCCAUUUGCAUUUCACUAACAAUACCCCUUUCUGGAACGCUUCUGGGCCAGCCCAGGCAGAUGCUCGGUUGGGCUUUUUUCCGGCCCAUCAGAUUCCUACCCCACCUUCAUUUCAUCACCACAAAUCAAAGAAUACUGGCUCAGAAUUGCGGGAAAUAAGCGCGACACCAAAGAAGAACAGCCCAGAAACGUCAAAUAAAAGGGCGAGGGGGAAUGAAUCCACUCCUCCGCCAUUGCCAGCUUUUAAGGUGAGGAAAGAGAAGAUGGGAGACAGAAUAACAGCACUUCAACAAUUAGUCUCACCUUUCGGAAAGACAGAUACGGCGUCUGUGCUUUCGGAAGCCAUUGCUUACAUAAAAUUCUUACAUGAACAAGUCAGUGUCUUAAGUAACCCUUAUCUCAAGAAUGGAGCUCCCGCCCAGAAUCAUCACCAGAAUGCCGAUAAAUCCAAGGAAGCAGAAGGGGCUCGACAAGAUCUGCGAAGCCGAGGGCUGUGUUUGGUGCCGGUGUCGAGCACUUUCCCAAUGACUCAUGAAACAACUGUUGAUUUCUGGACUCCUACCUAUGGAGGAACAUUCAGAUAAUUAACCACAAGCCAAGGAUUUAAUUAAUUAAUUCACUACCUAUGGACUGUUAUGCAAAUUCUAAAUCAAAUGAAAAAAAAUAAAUAAUAUUAAAUAAAAGAGGUGAUUCUCAGUUUCUGGCGGGAAAAAUUAUCAUAAUUUACUGCUGGUAGAAGCUGAGAACCAUUUCAUU